AUGGACCAUGCUCCCUCCAACAAAGACCACAUCGCCAACGCCGCUCUCGGCCAGGGGGUAGGCUACGGCAUUGUGGUGGGCCUGGGCGGUGCUUUUGCUUUGGUGGAUGCUUAUACGAAGCCAGGCAUGAUGCUCGUGACCUUCAUUCUACGCCGCUACAACCAGGAGCUUCAGACGUCAGAGAUGUUCAACACUGCCGGGCGCACAGUUAAAUCCGGUUUAGUCUCAGCAGCGGUCGUUUCCUCCUGGACCUGGGCGGCGACCCUUCUUCAAAGUACCGGUGUCUGCUACCGGUAUGGUGUUUCCGGUCCCUUUUGGUAUGCCUCCGGCGCCACCGUCCAAAUUCUGCUCUUCGCUACUCUCGCUAUCGAACUCAAGAGGCGGGCGCCCAAUGCCCAUACAUACCUUGAGAUUAUCAAGGCACGAUACGGCACAUUUGCCCACCUCGUUUUCCUCAUCUUUGGGCUGGCGACAAACAUUCUGGUAUCUCUUAUGUUGAUUGUCGGUGGUUCUGCCACAGUCAACGCCUUGACUGGCAUGCACACUAUUGCCGCGAGUAGGUCACGACUCCCCGCUUCCGAAAGUUCGAAACACAUGGCUGAUGAUGUAGUUUACCUCUUACCCGUGGGCGUCGUGGUUUACACGAUGGUCGGCGGCUUGAAAGCGACUAUUCUGACAGACUGGGCCCACACAUUCAUUUUGCUCAUCAUUCUCAUCAUCUUCUCGCUUACCGCAUAUGCCUCACACGAUGUACUGGGAUCACCUGGCGUCGUUUACGACCUGUUGGUGAAGGCCGCUGCCCGGCACCCGGUCGAGGGAAACAAGGAUGGCAGUUACCUGACAAUGCAGUCGCGAGAGGGUGCCAUUUUCUUCGUCAUCAACAUCGUCGGUUAUUAUAACAAAGCAAUCGCCGCCUCCCCAGUCCACGCCCUGCCCGGCUACCUCAUCGGGGGUCUCUGCUGGUUUGCUAUCCCCUGGCUGACCGCCACGACCAUGGGUCUGACGGCCCUGGCCAUGGAGGAUAAACCCGGCUUUCCAACCUACCCAGAUCGUAUGGCCGACGCCGAUGUGACCGCCGGUCUCGUUCUUCCUUAUGCCGCAGUCUCACUCCUCGGAAAAGGAGGAGCUGUUGGAACGCUCCUCAUCGUCUUCAUGGCCGUCACCAGCGCCACCUCGAGCCAGCUUAUCGCCGUUAGCACUAUCUGCACCUAUGAUCUCUAUCGAACGUACUUCAACCCGACGGCUAGCGGCAAGAGGCUCAUCUACACUAGCCACGCUGUGGUGGUUGGUUACGGUCUAUUCAUCGCUACCUUUUCCGUCGGUCUUUGGUAUGCCGGCAUUUCGAUGGGCUAUCUGUACUUGAUGAUGGGUGUCAUCAUCUCCGCUGCGGUGCUGCCUGCAACACUCACGUUGGUUUGGGCCGGUCAGAACAAGUGGGCAGCUUCCCUCUCGCCCAUCGUCGGCCUCGCCUGUGCUCUUAUUGCAUGGCUCGUCACGGCCAAGAGGGAGUGUGGCAACCUGGGAGUGGCAUGCACGGGCUCCAACUACCCCAUGCUUGCAGGCAAUGUUGCUGCCUUGCUCUCUCCUGUCGUUCUAGUUGUCAUUUUUACCUUGAUAUUCGGCAUCGACAAGUACGACUGGAAGUCGAUGAUGGAAAUCCGGAGGGGAGAUGACCACGAAUUAACCGAUCCUGUUGGCUUAAGUGUUGAAGAGGUUCCCGUCAACCACAACGAGAGCGGUGCUGAGUUCGACGAGGAGCAGAAAAAGCUGGAGCGCGCGAGUAAGAUCAGCAAGACUGCAACAAUCGUUAUGACACUCGCAUUUCUGGUCCUGUGGCCCAUGCCCAUGUACGGAACGGGCUACAUUUUCAGCAAACCGUUUUUUACCGGAUGGGUUACGGUGGGCAUCAUCUGGAUCUUUUGCUCUUUCAUCGGCGUCGGUCUCUUUCCUAUUUUUGAGAGCCGUAAGACGCUUGCUAGAACGUUCAAGAGCAUCUACCUCGACGUCACUGGAAAGUCGCACCCGAAGACGAUCCACGCUCAGAUGGCCCAAGAAGAGCAAACCCCAAGCGAGGCCACGCCAUCAGAAAAGUCUGGUGUCAAACAGGUGGUUAAACCUGCAUGA